AUGGCGACAAAGAAUGGUGGUGGUGGUGGUCUCUCGGUGUCUGCUAGCGACACUUCCUUUGCCUACGGGCUCCAUUAUCCUGUGAUAUACAGGUCUCUAUUUGGGUGUAUCGACUGGCCUUCAAUCAGUUCUUGUUUCGACCUCCCAACCAGUCGUCCUGGUAAGAUCCUUCAUGCUCAUCUUAGCUCUUUAUUUCCUAGUUAUUCUGCUACUGUAGAAUGGUUUAUACAGCUAUUUGUAUGGGCGAUGUGGGAAUUGAGGUUCAUGAUCUUAUCUGGUGAUAUACCGAUGGGCUUAGUCUCAUUUGGUUCUACUUUUGUGACCUCUAGUAGCAUUUAUAUCGCCUUGGCGCGAGCGUCUGCAAUAUGCAGUUCUCUUACGGGUUUCAUUCCGGAUGUUGGUGUGUCUGUGUAUCUCUCUUCUUGGUGGCAGGUAGAAGAAAAACUCAUUGUCAUCUUUAUCCCGAUGAAUAUGGAUGUGUCGGGUUUUGAUUUCCCGCUUGUCCCUCGUUUGAAUCAGUAUUCUUUCUUAAUAUUUCUUCCUAUAUGGAGUGAAUUGGAUGAACAAGUUUCGUUGGUAUUGCAAGGAUCUUCCUCCCAUCGAAUGCUCUUCUCUGCGUAUGGUGCAGUGUGUGUUGUCCUACGGGUUACACUAGAUGUGGUCUUUAAAGAAGCUUAUGAUGUUGUUGUGGUACGAUUUCAUAUGGCUCCUUCUUGUGAUUUGUAUCGCCAUUAUAUCCCUUAUGUUGUUGUUGUUGUUGUUUGUUUGGCUGUCAAUAGCGUUUUUGUAUACUCCUUUGUUGGAGUGUAA